ACUUACCUGCCUCUUCUUUCCAAAAUCCCCUCGCCAGCCAGAAGAGAUGAUUAACACUCACUACCCACCACUUUCUUGAAGAAGUCCUGAAGGUGCUUCCACAGGCACACCAGGAGGGCUCUCCUGUUCUCUUCACAAAUGCAUUAGGUCACAGGUAAGAUGGCAGGCGCUGGGCAGCGCAAAGGGAAGAAGGAUGACAACGGCAUCGGCACCGCCAUCGACUUCGUGCUGGCCAACGCGCGGCUGGUGCUGGGCGUGGGGGGCGCCGCCAUGCUGGGCAUCGCCACGCUGGCCGUCAAGCGGAUGUACGACCGGGCAAUCAGUGCUCCCAGCAGCCCCACUCGCUUGAGCCAGUCAGGAAAGAGAAGCUGGGAAGAGCCAAACUGGCUGGGCUCCUCCUCACGCCUGCUGACCCAGGACAUGAAGACCAGCCUCAGCCGCUCCCUGCAGACCCUUCCCACUGAUCCUUCAGCUGCAGAUGCAGACGUUUUUCGACCCACAAAGCCCAAGCCAUGUGCCAGGAGGAGUCAGGUGGAGCUGAAGAAAUCCCGCCUUCGCCUGUCCUUGCAGGAGAAGCUGUUUGCGUACUACCGGCGGCGGGUGGCGAUCCCGGCGGACGAGCAGGCUCGGGCCAAGCAGGCGGCUGUGGAUAUCUGCACGGAGCUGCGCAGCUUCCUGCGCGCCAAGCUGCCCGACAUGCCCCUGCGGGACAUGUACCUCAGCGGCAGCCUCUACGAUGACCUGCAGGUAGUGACAGCUGACCACAUCCAGCUCAUUGUACCUCUCAUGCUGGAACAGAACCUGUGGUCGUGUAUCCCCGGGGAGGACACUAUCAUGAACAUUCCUGGCUUCUACUUGGUGCGUCGAGAAAACCCAGAGUACUUUCCUCGCGGGAGCAGCUACUGGGACCGCUGUGUGGUGGGAGGUUACCUUUCCCCCAAAACUGUAGCAGACACAUUUGAGAAAGUUGUAGCUGGGUCCAUCAACUGGCCAGCAAUUGGGAGUCUGUUGGACUAUGUGAUCCGUCCAGCAGCUCCCCCAGCAGAUUUGACACUGGAAGUCCAGUAUGAUGCAGAUCGACAUCUUUUUAUUGACUUUCUACCAUCCCUGACACUGGGGGACAUUGUCCUCGUUGCCAAACCUCACCGAUUGGCCCAGAAUGACAACUUGUGGCGACUGAGCCUGCGGCCAGCGGAAACGGCUCGCCUCCACGCCCUGGACCAGGCCGAUUCUGGUUGUCGCUGCUUGUGCCUCAAGAUCUUCAAAGCAGUAUGCAAGUUAAACCCAGCUCUGGGACACCUCACUGCCAGCCAGCUCACCAAUGUCAUCCUGCACCUCUCCCAGGAGGAGUCCGACUGGUCCCAGGACAUGCUGGCUGAUCGCUUCUUGCAGGCACUGAAGGGGCUGAUCCGCUACUUGGAGGCAGGUGUCCUCCCUAGUGCCCUGAACCCCAAGGUGAACUUGUUUUCAGAGCUCACCCCCGAAGAAGUGGAUGAGUUGGGCUACACACUCUACAGCUCUCUGUCAGAGCCAGAGGUCUUGCUGCAGACGUAAUGGGGCCUUACCUAGGGAAGUGUUGAUAGGGUUUAGCCAAUGCAGACUUUGAUUACUGCGAAUUAUGUCUCCUCCACUUCUCCCUAUCUCCCCCUCUCUCUCUCUCCCUCUCUUCAUCACUCCCCACUUUUGGUUCAUUAGUAAUUCCUGCUAUGGAGUUGGUGCUCCCACUGAAUUUCUUGGUGCUACUGGUCCAUUUCCACCAUCUCUGCCCCAACAGGUACCCAUUGGCUAGGGAAGAGAGGCUAAAACUGCUCUGAGAUCUUCACAUAAAUUCUGUGAGUUUAAGUGUCUACCAAAAAAUUAACCAAACUAUGCACUUCUUUCUUCUGUAGUACACUUAGUGCAGCAAACCCUUUUUGGUCUGAAGAAGGUGGAACUGGGCUGGUAAAUCCAGUGAUGAUUUUAGCAAACUUGCACUGAGGUUGUUUAAUUUCCUCCAGCCUGACUUUGCCCCAUGUUUCUUUCUCUCUGCUCUCCCACACUGUCUCACUUUCCUUUCUUUUAUGUCUUUUGGCCCAGUCAUGCAGGGCAGACUGAGUGAGAUAUUUUGGAUAGGGUUCUUUUUGUAUUUUUGAGUGGAUAAUGAUUACACUGGCAAUAUUUAGGGCUGUAGAGCUUGAAAUUGGAGAAUUCCCACAGCUCCUGCUCCCACAGAGCUUUCUCAUCCUUUGCAAGCUGGGUUCAGGAUUAAGGGCCAAAAUUUGUCCAGUCUGCUUCAGCACAACCUCCUGUACGGGCAAUUCUUGUUGAAGCUGUCACAGGGGAGGAAGGAACCUUUGUGGUCUGGCUGUGUGAUGAGACUGAAGGAGCAGAGCUUGCUGUUCCUGCCUAGCCAGAUCUAAUGGGAAUGGCCUCGGGAGUGGAGAACAAGGCAGCUCUUCAGUUGUCUCUGGCCUAGAGGAAGAGAGGGUGAUUAUAGGGAAGGGGUGGGAGACACCCAUGGGAAUGGGGAUUUUUUUUUCAUCUUUUCUCCAAGACCUUAGGGCUGUUCUGGUUUACUGAAGGUAGAAACAAGACUACAUGCCUCAAAGGGCUUUGGAAUAAGCACACACAAGCCAGAUUCUCACCAGCUCUAAAGGCUGUGAAGGUGACAGAACUGAACUGGUGUCAUCAGCAAGGUUCUGUCCUGUACACUGGUAUUAGGAUACAUGUACAAAGCUGGCAUUUAGGGAUAUAUUAGCUUUGCCAUCUGCUCUGUGUGCCUUGGUCUCCUCCUCAGAACUGAGGCUGUCCAUCCACUUCCUCAUUCCCAUGUGCUGACUUUCCAGUGCUCCCAUUUUACAAAUACUCUUAGAAAGCUGGUGAGGGCACACCUUCCCGUGUGUUUGGACCUGUUGGCACUGCAGUUCUGCCCACUCCUUCUGUGGCUGCUCUCAGGCUGUGGACUCUGCAUUAAGCCACCUGCGGUCUUCAAAAAGUGGGAGAGAAGGUGUCCCCCAUGUCUGGAGCUCUGUGUCUAUCUCAAAAGACCAGCUUAACUGUUGUUUCAGAAACAUAAUUGCCUUUUCCCUGCUUUAGCAACUUUUUUCACCCUUGCUGUCCAGCCUCCUUAGCCAGUGGAGUACUGCAGCAGCAGGGUAUGGAGGGAGUAGGAAUCUUUUUCUCCUUUUCCCCUCCCUUCCUCUCAGAACUUCCCCCAUCUUUGACAGAGAAGUUUCAAGGUGAAUUUUAGGAGUGGAACCACAGAGGGAAGUCUUUCACACUGGGUUCUUUUUAGAGGCAGUGCUGGUGAGGUGGGGGAGGGAGCAUCUUUCUCAGACAAUCCGUCCAUUUUAACCAAUGUGUCAGAUAGCAUUCUGUAUACAGUGAUAAUGCAACAUUGCAUUUUAAAUUAUUUAAUCCUUAGGGUACUGGUAUUUUCUAGACUGCCAGAUGUGUACUUUGAAGUCUGUAUGUGUAUAUAAAAGUCUAUAGUCUAUCAAAGUUAACAGGAAUCCUGUUUGUAUGACUUUGUGUUUUGUAAGUUUUGCAGCAGUCAGUGUUGGUCAACUGUUGAUUGCUCUUCACUCUGGUUCCCAGAUUUUUUUCCCCUCUUCCUUCCCUUGCCCCCCACUGCCUUUCUGAUGUCAGCCUUCCUACCCUAAAAGCAGACAGAUGAGACUCGGAGCCUACAGACUCUUGGGGGGAAUUCCCCUUGUUUUUAAUUACUUGAAGGUCAACAAAAAUAUUAAAAUAUCUGGGUUGUCAGGAGUUCCCCCAAAGCUCAUUUCUUCAGUGUGAUGUCACCCCUCACUUGGUGCUGACUCCAGUACUGUGGUCUUCACAUUUUAACAGCAGUGUGGUUGGAAAUGAUUAAAACUCUAGAUUAAAAAAAAAAAACAAGAAAAAG